AUGCCCAAGCACCGCGCCAACAGCAAAAAAGCCGCCCCGACCACGGCCCGCCUCGACCGCUCGGCUCAGCUCGACCAGCCCUUGUUCGAGAUCGACACGGCCGGCAGCUCGUCCGUCCGCCACCAGCUCCUCGCCGACCAGGCCCCCGGUCAGGCCCGCCUCCGCAAGGGCCAGAGCUUCAAGAAGCCCCUCCGGUCCGACCUCAUCCUCGCCCAGCGCUCGUCCGUCCCCGCCCUCAACAGCCGCGUCGUGCCCUCGGCCGACGCCCAGGCCAAGCGCGUCAAGGCCCGACUCGGCAAGGUCGACCGCGACACCAAGGACAAGCUGCGCCGCCUCGCUGGCAAGGACGGCCAGGGCGACGGCCUCUUUGCCCUCAAGUCGCUCAGCGACAGGCCCGAGGCCGUCGAGGGCGUCAAGGACGCUGGACGGUACGACGCGUGGGACGCGGCGCAGCAGGUCGAGGCGGGCGAGGACGACGACGCCAGCAUGCGCGAGGUCCUUGCCCUGAGCAACCCCAAGACGCGCCCGGUCCCCAAGGCGCCCUCGACGCUCGCCAACCACUCGCUCCUGUCGACGGCCCAGCCCCGCGCCGUCACGAUCCCGCACCCGGGCUCGUCGUACAAUCCGUCGCACGAGCACCACCAGGCGCUCCUCGCCUCGGCGCUCAAGCACUACGAGGCGGCCGAGGUGCGCGACGAGCGCGGCCAGGCGGCAAAGGACGCCAUGGACGCGAGCCGGGCCCUCGCGCGCGGCCAGGAGACGUGGGAGGCCUACGCCGACGAGGUCGGCUCGGGCGAGAGCGACGCCGAGCUCGACAUUGUCGACCCGGACGCGCACGCGCACAAGGAGCUCUUGAAGCGCCGCGCCGCCAAGCGCAAGACGACCAAGCAGCGCACGACGGCCGUCCGCGUCGCCCAGGAGGCGCGCGCGCUCGCCGACCGCCGCGCGAUGAAGAAGCGCGUCGCGUCGGUCCAGAACGUGCGCGACGUCGAGGGCUCGAUCACGCAGGCCGAGACGCUCUCGCUCGAGGACAAGGCGCUCGCGCUCCGGGCGCGCAAGGUGCGCCUCGCCGACCGGGGCCUGACCCGGUUCCGCUCGGGCCCGAACCGCGUCCCCGAUGCGCCCGUCGCGUUCCAGCUCGGCGACGAGCUCGCCGACAACCUGCGCACGCUCCAGCCCGAGGGCAACUUGUGGAAGGAGUGGGUCAGCAGCGGCAUGCGCAGGGGUCGCGUCCCGGUCGAGCGCGCCAACGAGGGCAAGAAGGGCGGCAAGCGUGGUGGGCGCGGUCACGACAAGGGCCACGGCUACAAGGAGAAGGAGAAGUUCGCCUACAAGAACUGGUCCGGCUGA